AUGUAUGGCCUCAAGCAGGCCGCGCGGUCUUGGAUCCAGCUCUUGCACGCUCGAUUGCAAAACGCUGGCUUCAGCCAGUGUGUCCAAGACAUGUGUUCCCACUGGAAGAUCGAUGAUAGCCAGCUGGUCGUCGUGGGUGUGUACGUAGGCGACCUGCUGGCCACCAGAACCAGCACAGCUGCUGUCUACCGUUUCUUCACCCAGCUUGAAAGCCCGUUCAUUAAGGAACUCAGCAUAGUCAGCAGGUUCCUCAAGAUGCGCGUAGCGAUCGACGGCAACGGAAGCUGCGUGCUAGACCGGUCGGAAGCCAUAGGCGAGCUGUGGCGCUGGCAUGGACUUAAUAGAGCCAACUCGACUCGAGCCCCGAUCAGGGCGGACUGCUAUGAAGUGCACCCAGAAGACAGCGCGCUGUUGGGUGCGAGUGGAGAAGACGGGGGUCCGAGUAUUCGGACCUUCCAAUUCCUUGUCGGCAGUUUGCUUUGGGUGGAGCGCUGCAUGUGGCUAGAAAUUACGUUUGCCGUGCGUAGAGCAACGCAUCAGACUCAUCAGCCACGACUGCACAACCUAAAGCUCGCGAAACGGAUCGCGCGCUGA